GUUUUUCACUUCUGCCUUCCCUCGUUACCGCGUGACACACUGACACUCUAUCACACUGUCGUUGACCUACAAACAAACACUCGUUAGUCAAUCUAGACAGUACCAACAGUCGCUUCCCCAACGCUCAAACAAACCAAAACGAUCGCCUACAACACAAGCACAAUGUCUACAACCGCAACCACCACCGCCACCGCCACCUCGGCAUCCUCCGCAUCCUGCACCGGCAAUCUCUACGUCCUCCCCGUCCAGGACGCCGCCUGCGCCCUCCCCAACACCGGCAACUUCUCCUCCGUCAUGGCGCAAUGCUGCUCCCCGGCGACCGUCACCAAAUACGACGAUGACUGCGGCCUCUACUGCCUGGCGCAGGGCCAGACCGUCAAGUCCCUGCUGGCGUGUCUGCAGGACCAGGGCGCCGUGACCGAGGCCUUCUGCAGCGGGAAUUUGACGGCGAGCGCGACCGCCAGUGUUUCCUCCACGAGUGCGACGGGCAAAGCGGGGAAGACGGGGACCAGCACGGCGAGCGCGGCGAGUGGGUCGAGUACUUCGGAGAAGAGUGGUGCGGUCAUCCACAAGAAGGUGUCGGUUGGGGGGUGGGUGGUUUUGGGGAUGAUGGUUUCGUGGAUGGUCAUGGCGUAAGACUGGCCUGGGAUGAAUACUAUGAAUACCUACCUACGUAUGGAGGGGAGGGGAGAGAAUUCGAGGGGAGGAGAUACUUUUAAGCCAAUGGGUCCUGCUGGAUGGUGACGCUGGGUCAUAAUGCAGGCUGUAAUUCUAAUCAAUUCUGAAUGGACAAACACUCAAACUUCC